UAAUUUUUUAACUAAAUACUAUCAACAGUAUGUAAGACUAUUUUUUAAAAACCUAAUUAAUUGAACUAAAAGGGAUUCAAAGAAUCUAAUCACCCAAAUAUUUUUUUUUUCAAAAAAAAGGAAAAGGAAAAAAGAGCACAUUGCCCGGGAAAUAUCUGAGCAAUAUUGCCCGUCGUCAGAUCAAAGUUCUGAGCACACCACACGGUCAGCUCUUUAUCUGUAUCUCUCUCUAGAUCAACGGGCAGUUCCCAAACUUCCACACUGCCCGUCUUUCUUUCUCUCUCCUCUAUCAAUUACUCAUACUAGUACUACUAAGCCAUAACAAUAGUCUACUCUACUUGAAAAAGAGUGCUUUAAAAAGACUCUUUCCCUUAUAUCAAUCCUACGCCAUCCACCCAUUUACUCGGGUUCAAACCACCAGAAUACGGCCGUGAUUUCUUUUGCUCUGGUGGGUUUUUACCAUAAGGGGAAAAAUGGGGCAGGGAAUGAGUUGUGCAUCUUCAAAUAACCAUGAAAAUGGCAUCUUUAAAUUUGCUCAGUUGGGUGAUUUAGAUGCUCUUAAAUCAGAGUUAAAUGAAGACCCUGAACUUCUAUAUGAAGUUUCUAUUUAUGAUCAUAACUCUUUGCUUCAUAUUGCUGCUUCUAAUGCCCAGAUCCAUGUUGUUUGUUGGCUAUUGGAACAAUCAGUUAAUCUUGAUGCAUUAAACCGUUACAAGCAGACACCACUUAUGUUAGCCGCAAAGCAUGGGAAAAUCUCGUGUGUGGAGAAGCUCCUUGAUGCAGGAGCAAAUAUUUUGAUGUUUGAUUCAUGGCGAGGAAGAACUUGCCUACAUUAUGCUGCCUAUUUUGGUCAUUCAGAUUGUUUAAAAGCCAUUCUUUCUACAGCUCGUAGAUCACAUGUAGCUUUGUCUUGGGGAUUUACGCGGUUUGUGAAUAUUAUUGAUGGAAAAGGUGCAACCCCAUUGCACUUGGCGGCCUGUCAUAGACAGCCGGAAUGUGUUCAUAUUUUGCUAGACCAUGGAGCUUUAGUAUGUGCUUCCACCGGAAGAUUUGGUAGAUAUCCUGGAAGCACUCCCCUUCAUUUGGCUGCACGAGGGGGAUCGCUCAAUUGUGUCCGUGAAUUGCUAGCAUGGGGCGCAGACCGGCUGCAAAGAGAUGAAUCUGGGAGAAUACCGUACAUGGUAGCGUUAAAAUAUAAGCAUGGGGCAUGUGCUGCCUUGUUGAACCCUUCAUCAGCAGAGCCUCUUGUGUGGCCUUCACCAUUAAAGUUCAUCAGCGAGCUUAAUCCUGAGGCCAAAAUUCUACUUGAACAGGCUCUAAUGGAGGCCAAUAGAGAGAGGGAAAAGACCAUCUUGAAAGGAACUGACUUCUCAAUUGCUUCUCCAUCAGAUUCGGAUGGUGGGGUAGUCGACGAUAGUUUGUCAGAGGCCAGUGAUACCGAGUUAUGCUGCAUAUGUUUCGAUCAAGUCUGUACAAUUGAAGUCCAAGACUGCGGGCAUCGAAUGUGUGCUCAUUGUACCUUAGCCCUCUGUUGCCAUAACAAGCCGAAUCCAACAACUGCAAGCGUAAACCCACCCGUGUGCCCAUUUUGUCGGAGCAAUAUUUCCCAUUUAGUGGUUGCUACGCUUAGCACCAAAUUCGAUGAUAUUGAUUUGAGUUCCACAAAGUUGAAGAAAUCAAGGAGAUCUUGGAACUUGAAUGAGGGAAGUAGCAGUUUCAAGGGCCUAUCAUCGUUUGGGAAGAUGAGUGCUAGGGGUUCCGGGAGAAUCAGUGCGGAUGAGCUGAUUGAUAAGCCCAAUGAGUAGAGUUUCUAGCGUUUGAAGGUCCGAGCUUUUGAACAGGCGCUAAAGAUCAGUCAGUCAGUCGGUCCUAGAAUCAAUUAUAUAUCCAAUAUACAUAAAAUUUGGUACCACGAAUGCAUAAAAGAAAAUGUAGAUUUCGGGUAAUAAGGGCAGAGGAUGAGGGAAGAAGAGGUUUUCGAUUAAGAAGUUGGGUUUGGUGAGUUUAUUGAAAUGGGGUUUAUAAUAAGUUGUAAUAUAAUCUUUGUUUGCUUUAAGUUUCAAUGAAUUGCAAGUGAAAGGCAUAAUUCUUUUUUGGGAAGUUUAGUCUUAGAUAGAAAGUAUUCUUUGUUUACCUUUUAAGAGGAAGAAUUAUUCAAUAUUGUCAUUGGGUAGACCCUAUUGUAGGAGUCAAAUACAAUGUGGGGUGUUCCACCUACCUUCUAAUCCAUAUCCCACUUCUCUCUUUGCAUGGAAUGAGGGUGGAGCAUUGACAAGUCAUGUACUACUAAAUACGUAUUAAUCAUUGGUGUAAAAGCCAUCAUACAAUGUAUAUGAAUGCUUUGAAUUUCAGGUUUGCAAUAAUAUAAGAUGUUCAAGAUCUCUUUUGAAGAUCUGCUUA